AUGGAUAGAAAAGAGAAGCGUUUUGGUGAAACUGAGGAACAACAGAGAACCCGUUUUCAAAUUGAGCUUGAGUUUGUCCAGUGUCUAGCAAAACCCAAUUAUUUAAAUUUUUUAGCCCAACAACUUCUACAGUAUGAACAUUUUCGUAAGGAGCUUGUCAAUUCUCAAUGUGCCAAAUUCAUUGAUGAUCAACAGCUCUUACACUGGCAGCACUACCAAAGAAAACGGAAUGCUUUGAUCCAGGAACAAGCAGAGAAAACACAAACACAGAAAGAUGGAAAACAAGUUUCUAUACAAUCAAGAACUUAA